CAACCAUUUGCGGUAUGAAGCUCAUACAAGCGACAGAGAGAGACAUCGAGAUCGCUGAGAAAAACGCUUUCGACUCUCACAAGUCCGAAGACAGGAGGUACUGGAGGAAGAAGGAAGAGCAUCUCCGAGAGAAAGCCAAUCAGCUCCGAGCCCGGCAGCUCCUCCGUCUCCAUGAGCAACAGCAACGGCGGUUGACUUCACAGCAAGCUUCUCCCGCCACGAUGCAAGUGGACGAGUCCAAGAGCAAAUCAAGAUCUGAUGAAGACAUGUUUUCUCCAACCAAACUUGAAGAGGACAGGCUGUUUGGAGCAGUUCAAGCUGAAGGAGGAGGAGGAGGAGGAGAGAAAGAGUUUUAUGCAAGAUCAGGGCAGCAAAAUGAUA